AAAAUCUUUCUCAAUCAGACAAUUUCCGACCUUCACCAAAGGGUUACUCUCCGAAUUUUGGCGGAAAUGGUCGUUGCGGACUCGCCUGAGUGGCUUCCUCCUGGCUUCAUGGUCAAGGCUGAGUACAGGUCUGGGAAGAAAGUUAAGUACUAUCUCAAUGUUGCAACCGGUAAGAAAUAUAAUUCCAAGAAUGAGGUCAUUUGUUGUGCCAAAGAAAACAACAAUAUUCUGCUUGUUACACCUCAAACGAAAAGUGCCGAUGACAGUGGGCCCUCCUCAAUUACCAAAGUUGAUGUGAUAGCAGAAAAAACAAAUGAUUCUGCAUGGUUGCCUAAUGGAUGGACAGUGGAAGAAAGAAGUAGAAAGAGUGGCUCAACAGCGGGAUUAUCUUACAAGAUAUAUACUGAAUCGUCAACUGGAAGAAAAUUUUAUUCUAAGGCAUCUGUCACUCGAUACUUGGAUAACAUAGCCCAUACUGACAUCAUGACUAAGCAAAAUAACUACUAUCCUAAUGCUGCAACCUGUGUGAAAUAUAAUUCCAAGAAUGAGGUCAUUCAUUGUGCGGAAGAAAACAACAAUAUUCUGCUUGUUACACCUAAAACGGAAAAUGCCGAUGACAAUGGGACCUCCUCAGUUACCAAAGUUGAUGCGAUAUCAGAAAAAACAAAUGAUCUUGCAUGGUUGCCUAGUGGAUGGACAGUGGAAGAAAGAAGAAGAAAGCGCGGCUCAACAGAGGGAUUAUCUUACAAGAUAUACACAGAUCCGUCAACUGGAAGAAAAUUUUAUUCUAAGGCAUCUGUCACUCGAUACUUGGAUAACAUAGCCCAUACUGACAUCAUGACUAAGCAAAAUAAAAUUGACAAAGUGGAUGAGCCACUCAUAGACACAUCUCUGCAGAUAUCACCUGUCAGAAAUACUGGUAGCAUUUCUGUAAAUAAAAGGAAGGCCGACUCUCUUACAACGGUUUGUGCUAUUGAUAAUGUGGAUGAGAAUGUCCCAAAGCAGUCUCCACAGAUCCAAUCCAUGACAAAUAAUGAUGCCGGCCAUGAAGAUAGAAGGAAGGGAAACUCUCUUGUAAAGAUAGACAAUGUGGGUGAACCAUUUCCAGAGAUGUCACCACAGGUCGUAUCCAUGACCAAUAAUGAUGGCAUUCGUGAAAAGAAAAGGAGGAUCAGUUCUUUUGUGACGGUAGCUAUUGAGUGGUCAACUGAUAAGGACCUGCCUGAUGGCUGGAUAAAAGAAAUCAGGACAAGCAAAUCUGGGGAUAGGAUAAGAAAAGAUCCGUUUUACACAGAUCCGGUCAGCGGUUACAUGUUUCGUUCUAAACCAGAUGCCUUGCGAUAUCUGGAAACAAAUGAUAUUGGUAGCUGCGCCUGCAAACCCCGGAAAAGGGAAUUGGAUGAUAUCAAAUCAAUUGAGAACAUAAACCUUUCUUCAACUCCAGCUAAGCUCAAGACACAGCCUUUUCUUGGUGAAGAGUCAAAUGGUGAUGCAGAAAGUUCGGGUACAAAGGUUCCAGCAGAAUUGGACACCAACACUUUAGAACGGGAGCAAGUUAAUCAAGACAAUUCUGUCAAGAGUGCCAAAAUAGGAAAUAAGAUUGAACCAGAAAAUGAUGUCUCUAAAAAGGACGUUAGAGUUGUGGCCGUAGAUGCAGCUACGAGCUCCCCUGUGGCUGAUCCCUCAACCAAUCAGCAGCUUCCAGAAAGUGGCCGUAGAAUUAAGACUGGCUCAAGAAAACCCAAGAAAAGAAGGGAGAGCAGCAGCACGCCAACACGAACUUCGAAAAGGCUUGCAGGUUCUAAACCUGAGAUGAAAAUCAACUUGGAUUUGAACAAACCCUCUCUAAGGGCUGCUCUGAGAGGAUCAACUGCUAAAGUAGUUGUUGCUUCUCCAAUUGCUCCACUUAAGGCUUCAGAUAUUUCUGAGUCAUCAAAUAUCGAGCCAGCCAAAGAGGCUGUAGAGCAAGUAGUUACAGGCAUGGAAACUUGUCAAGAUGCUAAUCAGCCGAAAGAAGUUGAAAAGCCUACGCCUACAGAGGGCUCAACUAUUCCAGCAGAGCAGCCAGGUGCAACAGGGACAGCUGGUACGAAUCCAUUCGUUGAUGGUCAACAAUCACAAGUUUCACAGCUUUGCUACGAUUUUGGGGACUCGUGGACUAAUCCGUUGGAAUUCGCCUUGAAGACUCUGACUGGGGAGUUUCCGAUUGAGGAUACCCUGACAUUUCCAAGUUGCUUAAGGGAGCCGUUGGACGCCACUUUCAAGGAGGCUGAUUUGUGGUUGAAGCAAUCAAAUUUUGAUGCUCCCGUUAACUUCCAAAGCGAAUUUCCACCCCAUUCUGAAUCAUCGAAGAAACAAAAUGGUGUUGAUCCGUCGUCAGUGUCAUUCUCUGGCCUGGGCUUCAGUUCUUGCGGUGGCUUCAACUUCCAGCCUAGCACAGAGGUGGGGAAGAAGGAUUCGCAGACCAAAUUUAACCCUUAGAAGAAACAAAAGGAAACAGCAUGCCGGACCAAUGGUUGAAUUUUUUGUACUAGUGCAUGUGCUUAACUAUAAAAUCGUCGUGUUUGAUUUAACUGAUAGUACUAUAAGUUUAGAUGUUUUGGUGUACGUCGACGCAAUUAUGCAAAACUAUGAAUCAGUAUGGUCCAUGUAAAACUACAGUGUUUCCUGUGAAUACUCCCAACUGUGAUGGAACAUCUUUUGUUAGAUAGUCAUAUUUGAUAUUUGGAA